GGAGAGACGCACAGAGGGAUCACUCGUGAGUUUUUAUUGAUGAGGGUUGACUUCACUCAGUAGAGGCUGAUAAAACGCACGUCACAUUACGGCCAUGCUGCAGCUGCGCGUUUUUAACAGACUUCUCCAACACUUUUAUUGGAGGACUCAAGAAUCCACAAAAGGUCUGUUACCUGGUUUUCCUUCUCAGCUGUGGGGUGGAUACAGAUCUACCUGGCGAAGAAACAAAUCAAGUCUUCCAGAUGUGAGGGAGAGGACUCUCAUAGCCGUGAAACCAGAUGGAGUUCAACGCCGUCUUGUCGGGCAAAUAAUUCACCGGUUUGAGCAGCGGGGAUUCAAGCUGGUUGGCCUGAAGAUGGUGCAGGUGUCUGAGGAUCUCCUGUCUCAGCACUACCGUGAGCUGAGAGCUAAGCCCUUCUAUCCUAGUCUGCAGCAUUACAUGACCUCAGGGCCUGUGGUGGUCAUGGUAUGGGAGGGGCCCAAUGUAGUCCAGACAUCACGUAAAAUGGUAGGACACACUAACCCAACUGAAGCCCAGGCGGGCACAGUCAGAGGAGAUUUCAGCGUCCAUGUCAGCAGGAACGUUGUCCAUGCCAGUGAUUCACUGGAGGGUGCUCGACGGGAGAUCCAGCUGUGGUUUCAGGGAAAGGAUCUCCUGAACUGGGAAUGCUGCAACCAGGGCAACAUGAUGGAGGACUGAAGAUGCUUGACAGUUCAAGGCAGUGAGAAUCAGUAAUAACUACCUCUUCUCCUGCUGCCUAAUGACAGUGCCACCACAUUUUCUCUCUCUAAGUAAUUUACCUCAUUAAGUGCACUAAGAAUCAAGAUUUUUGCUAAAGCAAAUGUGAGAUUUUAGAAUACCAACUACGCAUAUGUACAUAUAAUACAGUAGGCAUCUUAGUCUUAGCAUUGGAUUAUUAUUGCUAUACACCAACCAGCUACAGCCAUGGAAAAAUACUGACUGGGACUACUGGGCAUGCACUUAAGGUACCCCAAAGGCUAAGCGGCUCCUGAUCUAGACCCUCUGCUUGUCAGUUUCUGCUUCAUUCAUGAAGGUAACUAUCUUUUCAAAGAAAGAAAAAUGAACAACAACCAAAAAGUUAGAAAAUCUCUGCAAAUAGAGAGCAAUGUUUAGGUGCAGAAUGGCUGUAAAGUCUGCAAACAGCCAUAAUGAGAUACAAAGUCCACACAAACAGAUGCGAGUUUUGGAUCACAAAGAAACACAAAACGAUCACGGGCAAAAAAUGUUUCUCUACCUUUUUUUUUUUUUUUUUUUUUUUUUGAUCUGCAAGUCUUUCAGUGUGCCUGCCUACUCCAGCAGAGUAAUACAUCUACCCACUUUGCAGAAAUAAUUCAGUAAUGGUAUGAAGAACAUGACAGAAAGCUCGAAGUGUUGACUUGGCUUCCAAAUUCCUCAGAUUAUGAUCUGAUUGAGUAUCUGUGGGCCGUGCCAGAAAAACGAGUCUAACGCACAGAAAUACAACCUUUUAGGUUAAGACUUGAAGGAUCUGCUGCUAAUGUCUUGGUGCUUGAUACUACAGGGUCCAGUUAGAAGACUGAUCAGAGCUGUUUUUGUACCAUAAUGGGUCUACAAUAUUAGACAGCUGGUCUUGAUUUUUGUGACUGAUGAGUGCAUUGUUUCUGGUUAAUAGUUAUAUGCAUUUGGUCUAACAAAGAGUGUGUGUGUGUGUGUGUGUGUGUGUGUGUGUGUGUGUGUGUGUGUGUGUGUGUGUGUGUGUGUGUGUGUGUGUGUGUGUGUGUGUGUGUGUGUGUGUGUGUGUGUGUGUGUGUGUUGUUUAUACUGUUAGUUCCCCUUCCCCACAUCUGGCCCACUGUAAUGUGAUUAUUCUCAUUAACAAAUAUAAUUAUUAUUUAAUGUAUACAUAAUUAAACUGUUUACUUGACCUCUGUCCUCAGAUAACCUAAGUGCAAUUUUAUAUGUGAUUUGAAAUUUUGUGAUACAUUUUUUUUAACUGAAAACAUGAAAUAAUCUUUCUACCUCUCAAGAAAUUAAACAAGAGUUUCCCCCAUAAUGUUAACUAACUGCUAUCAGGUAUCAGAGUUUUUAUGUGAGUUUACAUUUGUAGUAUCGCUUUCUCGUGGUUAUUUUUAAUCAUGUUUUAACUCUUUGCACUGCUUCAAAAUUUCUUAAGUAUUAAAGUGAGGAGUCUAUAUGCAA